AUGUUCAAAAAGAAGCCUACAAUCAAAAACUUAGCACCGCUACGGUCAUCUGAUCGGCGGAAAAUUGCGGACCAAAUCAUCAAGGAAUACCAGAUCAGCAUUCCCUCAACUUCAACUGAAGAUCAAGCCUCUACCACCUCUCCGAACCUGACGUCAAUCCGAAAUGCCCUUCUCCCCGAUAACUCGCUGACUGCUCGAUUCACGACAACCGCCGGGCCAGACCUUCGAGAGCUGACGGGUAUCGUGUAUGUCGGCGCGCAUCCAGAUGGCGAAGAGCGCGUGCUAUGGUUCAAGCUGGAGCAUGGCCCGGGUGCCGACAAGCGACUGUACCCUACUGUCUACACGCUAUGGAACAAUCCCAACCUGGUUCCGCUUCUCCAUACCCCCGGAUUUGUGAUGGGCAAGCUCCAUGGCGGGGCGGACCUCAUGACGCCUGGUCUUGCGAAUGAGCCGCCGUUCCCCGCAAGGGCGGUCAAGGAUGCGGUUGUUGCGGUCGCGAGUGUGGAUAGACAUACUGUGCCUCGCUUUGUAGGAAUCUGUGAGAUUGAUGUAUCGGCGCUCGGGGAGGUGCAGGGCACAAAGGGCUCGGCGGUUCGUGGUCUGCAUUGGGAGGGAGAUGAGCUUUGGGCAUGGAGCUCUUCAUCACGACCGGGCCGCGCAGCUCCUGAGUACCUGGAAGGCUGGGAUGAAGAUGAGACUGAGGAGCUUGAGAAAGGUGUUGAAGCGUUGGCAGUUGAGGAAAAUGGAGGUGCAGAAGAGGCCGAUGAACCCGCUUCAGCGGAGGAGCUGGAGUCUGAAGAGCCAGAGCCAACAACAAAGGAAAUUGAUGAUGCCUUUGUCAAUGCCUUUGUUUAUGCUCUCUACAAGCUCAAACAGGACAAUCCCUCGGCCAACAACCAUGGCCUGCCACUCCCAAUUUCACCCUCAGCUUUAAUAGCUAACUUUACCGCCCCUUACCUGCCAAUUCAUAAUGCUCAACAGGCUCAAUUUUAUAACAUCAAGAAGACAAGUUGGAAAAACGUCAAAAAGUUCAUCAAGCAUCUGGACAAAACCCAACUCGUCAAAUCCAAGGACCGCAAUGGCCAGGAAACUGUGAUUCUUGAUGUCGACUUUGACGAUCAUCGCGUCCAACGUUUCGUUCCAUACAGAUUACCCUCGAAGAAUGCCCUUGAAAACAAGCCCUCUGCAGCAGAUGGGAAGAAGCCUGCUGCUGAUGGUGGUGAUCCCUCUGUAGGACAGACGAUCAGCGUACAAAAUCUGUACCGUCCAUCGGGAAAGCUGAUCCCGAACAUCUUCCCUGCGCUUUCCGCGAGCAGCCCAUCCAACUUCUACAAAUACUCCGACAUCUCCACCCACCUGGAUCAAUAUCUGCAAUCGCAAGAUCCUCCUAUCGUCUCUCGAGAAAACCGACGUAUCAUCACUAUCAACCCCUUCCUGGCCAACACCAUCUUCACUUCGGAUUCCACAGAAGAUAAAGGAACGCUCGCGCGUGGCAAGGUCACCCGCGAUGGUCUUUUGAAACGUAUUGCCGAAGACAGAACUCUUGUCCAGCCGCACUACCUCAUUUUGAAGAACGACCAAACCAUUGCAGACGUCAAGCCCAAAUCAGGCACUGCUCCAAAGGUCACUGUCACUCUCGAAAAGCGUACGGGAUCCAAGACAGUCACAAAGGUUAUGAACCUGGAAAUCUUUGGUGUGAUCCCUACUCUUCUCUCCCAGGAACUUCAGAAGAAGUGUGCCGGCAGCACUAGUGUGACACAGGCUAUGGGAGCACCCAAGGGUGUUAUGGAAGUCCUGGUUCAGGGUGAUCAACGCAAGGCGAUUGAGACAGCACUUGGGCGCCGUGGACUGAAGACACAGUGGAUAGAAGUUGUGGACAAAACCAAGAAAAAGAAGACUUGA